UUUGGGCCGCCAUCUUCAAUUGCGAACCCGAUUUCUCAGAGGGGGAGAGCCCGCGGCGCCGGUGGUGGUUAGGCGUCGCCCUCCGAUGGAUACCAUGGCAAGCCCAGAAAAAGAUAAUUACAGAAUGAAAAGUUAUAAAAACAAUGCCCUCAAUCCCCAAGAAAUGCGGAGACGAAGAGAAGAGGAAGGCAUUCAGCUUCGGAAACAAAAAAGGGAGGAACAAUUAUUUAAACGUAGAAAUGUUUCUUUGCUGGCAAGUGAAGAGUCAAUGCAAGAGAGCCCAAUCCAGGAUCCUGAUGUGAGCUCUACUGUACCAGUUCCUGAGGAAGAUGUGAUUACACGUGACAUGGUGCAAAUGGUUUUCUCAGAUGAUGCUAGUCAACAACUUGCAGCAACCCAGAAGUUCAGAAAAUUACUUUCUAAAGAACCUAAUCCUCCAAUUGAUGAAGUUAUUCAAAAACCAGGAAUUGUGGAGAGAUUUGUCAAAUUUCUAGAAAAAAAUGAUAACUGCACCCUUCAAUUUGAAGCAGCAUGGGCUCUUACAAAUAUAGCAUCUGGAACAUUCCUGCAUACCAAAGUAGUAAUUGAGACUGGAGCAGUCCCAAUUUUUAUUAAACUGUUAAAUUCUGAACAUGAAGAUGUCCAGGAGCAGGCAGUGUGGGCUCUUGGUAAUAUUGCUGGAGACAAUGCAGAAUGUAGAGAUUAUGUGUUAAGCUGUGGAAUACUUCCCCCACUCUUACAACUCCUAACACAUUCUAACAGGCUCACAACUACCAGAAAUGCAGUCUGGGCACUUUCAAACCUCUGUAGAGGCAAAAAUCCACCUCCAGAUUUUAGUAAGGUUCGCCCUUGCUUAGGUGUUCUAUCAAGACUGUUGUUUAGCAGUGACUCGGAUGUAUUAGCAGAUGCUUGCUGGGCCCUCUCUUACCUUUCAGAUGGACCGAAUGAUAAAAUACAAGCAGUUAUUGAUUCUGGGGUCUGCAGAAGAUUAGUAGAACUUCUGAUGCACAAUGACUACAAGGUUGUGUCUCCUGCAUUAAGAGCAGUGGGAAAUAUUGUGACUGGUGAUGAUAUUCAAACACAGGUAAUUCUAAAUUGCUCUGCAUUACCCUGUCUCUUACAUUUGCUGAGUAGUCCCAAGGAAUCUAUUCGAAAAGAAGCAUGCUGGACAGUAUCUAACAUCACUGCAGGAAACAGAGCACAGAUUCAGGCUGUUAUAGAUGCAAAUAUAUUUCCAGUAUUGAUUGAAAUUCUUCAGAAAGCUGAAUUUCGUACUAUAAAGGAAGCAGCAUGGGCCAUCACUAAUGCAACGUCAGGAGGGACUCCUCAACAGAUUAGUUACUUAGUGGCAUUAGGUUGUACCAAGCCUCUAUGUGAUCUUCUGACUGUGAUGGACUCUAAAAUAGUCCAGGUAGCUUUGAAUGGACUUGAAAACAUAUUGCGACAUGGAGAACAAGAAUCAAAGCAAAAUGGAAUUGGUGUCAAUCCUUACUGUGCCCGUAUAGAGGAAGCAUAUGGACUGGAUAAAAUUGAAAUUCUUCAAAGUCAUGAAAACCAAGAAAUCUACCAAAAAGCUUUUGAUCUUAUUGAACAUUAUUUUGGUGUGGAAGAGGAAGAUGCAAACAUUGUGCCACGGGUGGAUGAAAAUGAGCAGCAAUUUGUGUUUCAGCAACAGGAAGCCCCAAUGGAAGGGUUCCAACUGUAAUCCUUCACACAAACAGAGGGCAGUAGCACUUUGUGGUGGCCUUCAUUGCUACCCAGAUUGGGAACGUUUUGCUGAAGGAGAUACAGGAGCAACUCAUGCGCUCACAUGUGUCCAUUCUUUUUCUGUUGUGUAUUUCCAUUGUCUUGUUUCUAGAAAUACCAACUAUUCACAAGUUAAAACAUAAUAUUACAAAGCUUGAAUUCUCACCUCAGAGCAGACAGCAGAUACUGAGUUUUCAAGCAGUUGCUAAAAUUGCACCAUUAUCAAUAAGCAGCUGUGAUAUUUUGGAUUUUGGCAGUAGGGUUGAUAAGCCCAAGCUACACUAAAAUCUACCUCUAUACAUUGGAGCAAAAAAGAUGUUUCAGAACUACAGACAUAAGCUCCUAGUAAAUGCUAAACUUAGAAUGUGAAGAUUAUUUAUUUAAAUAGUGAAAAUAUAGUUUUACACAUGAUACUUUGCGAUAAACUGGUGAAAUAUAUUUAAAAGCAUAACACUUCUAGGGGCACAUUGCUGGUUACAUAACAUAACAGUAAAUAUUAUGUCAAAAAUACAAUAUUUCUGCUGUGUGAAUAGAGGUAGCCAGUUUCAAUUUGUAGGCUUUGUUCCUAGUUAUGUAAAGGAAGUUCCUUCUUCAUCCUUUUAAUUUCUGUGGAAUUGCAAAAGUUGCCAGUGCUAGAACUAACUACUGCAGUCAAUUUUUUUAUAAUGGCAGGUUAAUGACAUUUUAUUGCCAUGUUGUGGAAAGCUUUAUCUGCUGAUACUUGUCCAUUAAAUUGCUGGAGCUUUUUAUCUAGCUAGUCGGAACUUUGAUUAUCAAUUAGAAAAGUAUGUUUAUAUUGUAAUGAUUAUUGGAUUAUUGUAAGGGAACUUUCUACAAUUGCAUACUAGGAAUUCUGAAAUGAAAUAUCCAUGUUUAACUUAAAAGCUACUGAAGUGUGUGAGACUGCAAUAUACCCUUUUUAGAGAACAAAAUUAGAUUAUUUAUUUACACAGUGUAUUAUGGUUGCCCAAAUAUAUGAAUACAUUAUAAAACCCCUUUUUUAAAGGUUUGACAAUUUUUUCUAACUUAUUUUAAACAGACCACCAAAAGCAUAUUUUGUAACAGAUCAUUAGUAGUACUGGGAAAAAUCAUUUUCCAACUAAUUGAAGGAAAACACUUGACUAUACAAUUAUUUCUGGCAACAUAUGUAAAAUAAGUUUAUAUAAUGCCAGUCAAUUUUAUUUUAAACUAGGAUGAACACUUGAGGCCAUUUGUUUUAGAAUUUGAAUAUAUGAAUUGUGGGAGAGAUAGCACAGUUAAAGUACUCUGAUUAAUUUUGCUUAUCAGAAAUGUCUUGAUCUGUGUAACACUUUUAAAAAGUUAUGUAUAAUACCUACAAGUGAUUGCCUUUUUAAAAUACUGUGUAAAUUUCAAAUUAGCGUACUCAAAUUUUCAAAAAGUUCAUUGAAUUCAUGAACACAUAUUUGAGUUAAAAUACUGAUCUUUCUAUCACAUAUUCAAGUUCUGUAAGAAUGAUCUGCCAAAGAUAUGCCAAGGAAAAUAAGUCAAUUUGCCAUGCACCUUACAUCAUUGUUACAGACACCCCCUUGUUUCAGUGCCAGAUCAAUAUUAUGAGGUAUUUCUGAAUUAAGCUGUUAGAUUACUUAGCAGUUUUCAUGUGGGUCAGGAAUUAAAGGCUGGAGUGUUCAAGCAGAAUUCAGCUGCUUCCUGUGUUAACUCUGCUGUCAUGGCCUCUGGAGAUAGUUCUACAGUUUCCAUUGUAGUAGCUGACAUACAUAUUUCUGCUACAUAGAAGAUUCACUGCAACAUGGCCCAUAGCCUUCACAAAGGUAGUAUAACAACAACAUUUACUUACAAAGAAUGGUGGAAUUGAUGUUUGUGGAAAUUAUAAGCGUAUUAGUUAAAAAUAGAUAUGUAUGAAUAGGGGAUCAUAACUGAAGAAGCCGCCUCAUUUGGAUACUUGCUGGAAAUCCAGUAUAAGAUACAGGGAGUCUGCAUAAAUCUGCAGCUAGGAAUCCCAUACCUGUCAGUGGAUAAUGGGAUAAUAUUUUGAAAUUUGGGUGUUUGGGAUGUUUUAUAACAAUUUAUUCAUUCCAAGUACAGUGUAACUAAUUGGUCAAUUGAAACUGCAUUUAUCAGAAUUACUCUAGAAUGUAAAAAAAAAAAAAAGGUGACAGGGUGUGCCAUAGUUUUGUUGCAUUACAAAAAUUACCAGUUGUGCCUGCUCUUAAUUUCAGAAUGAAUGAAUAAAUGCUAUCUGAACAAAAUGUAGGAUUACAUAUGAAACUUAGAAGAAACCUUAAUCUCAAAUGUAAAUUAACUGUUUCAAAAGGAUGAUUUUAUCUUGUAUAGAUCAUGAGUAUGAUAGUUUCUGUAUAUUGCUAAAGACAUAAUUUUGACAUUAAUUUUGAAUACUUAAAUGUCCAUCAAAUUCUUUUACAAAUGAGACUAAAAAAACAUUGCAUGAUUUAGAAAGAGAUUGCAGGAAUCAGCCCUUUAAUAGAACAGAUAUGAAUGACAUCUGCAGGCUAUGUAGGAUUACAGAAAAAGGUAGUCCUAAAUUGUACAUCUUUGAAAAGUUUAAAAAAAAAUUAAGAUUUAGGAAUUCCUUCCUAAUUCAGACUGACAGAUUCUCAUGUAAUGGCCUGAAUUUAACAUGAUGUUAAACUAUGCAACUAGGUCAAGUAUGUAUUUCAGAUACAAAAUAUAAUGUGCUUUUACUCAAGCAGGUUUACAUUUAGAAGAUAGAUGGAUUAUGGUUUUAAAGCAAAGUACAAUUACUUUUACAUAUUAUUUAAGUUGGAUUUAUUUGCUUGCGACUUCAUUUACAUUUUGUUAUAUUAACUAAAAUGUAUUUAGAAACUGCUAAAAGAAUUGAGAUCUAUAAAAAGACACUAUACAUUUUUUAUUGUUUCAAAUGAUCAUCUGUAAUUUAUUGCAUCAUUGACACAAACUAGAGGCUCUGGACAAAUCUACAAAUAUGAACAGUAUGCAAUAUUAGAGAGUGUUACUACUCAAAACUACAAUGCAAAAUUAAUAAAGGUAUUUUACAUGAUAA